ACACUUACACGUGAGAGCGUGUAUGACUGGUACAAUGUGGUGAGGCCGGGCAUGGGUGAUGGGCCAGCAUGACCCAGCCCUCAUUCAGCCCUGGGGGGCAGGCAGGGGCCCCGUCCUCUGUCCCCUUCACAGUCCCAAGGGGAAGCCGAGUGUCUGGUCCAGGUCCAGCCUGGCUGCUCCCAUCCCCUUCCCCACUCUGACAGGCCUCCUCUUGCCUUCUAGCCACGGCUGAAAGGUGUGCCACAGCUUAACCUCCUUCCAUGAUGAACUCGAAGAACCCCAAGAAGUGCCCCCAGUAUAAGAAGAGUAGAGACAAGGCCCAGGAAAAAUUUGCCAGGAAGUUUCCGUACAGGUUCUCUUGGCUGUCAGAACCUACUGCAGAGUUCCUGAAGCCCUGGGAGGUCACGAAGAUGACCACCUCACUGAGGGAUCAGCUGCCCCUGCAGAAGACGUUGGUGCCAACGAGAUCCAUUCCAGUCAGAGGGCUUGGGGCCCCAGAUUUUACUUCACUGUCCUGCCUGAGCCCUCCGCCGCCACCGCCUCUUCUGAGCCAACUUUGGGAACUCAAGCUAGUGAGCCGCCGCUUCCCUGGGCCAGGCGCCCCCGCUGUCCCCACCGGCACCUGCGCUGCCCGCCCCUCCAGAGGCCUCCUCUAGAGCCCGGCUCCAAGCGGCCUCCCUCGCGGCCACAGAGCACUCCCUUCCGGA